ACAUCUCCCCAAGACUCUUGAAAGAUGAAGUUCUUGGUGUGUCUCUCAGCCCUGCUCCUGGCUGCCUUCGUCGCCUCCGCCCCGACUGAAGAUGUAACUACAAGCUCAUCCACCACCACGGAGCACCCGCCAAGACACCUAAGACCCGGCGUACUGGCUGGUGGGCGCCGGACCACCACCUCCACCACCACCCCUGCUGCUGAUGCUGCUGUAGAUGACGAGGCCGACCAAGACCCGACCUCCGCCCCCUCCCGCCCAGCAUCAGAGAGACGCGCCUCUCUCUUUCCCAGGCUCCAUGGGCAGCGUCACUCAAGCACAACCCAGGCAGCGGGCGAACAUGACACCAGUAACACGGCAGUGGAAGCCGACACGACCAGCGAUGACGCCACCAGCAGCUCCCUUUCAUCCAGCGCCGAUACCACUAGCAGUUCCCGUCCAUUAAGCAGUAGCACGAGAGGAAGUCCCCGCUUAUCCAACCAUAAGGCCAGAGGAGGUUCUCCCUUAUCCAGCGACGACAAGUCAUCCAGCGACGACGCCAGUAUAACCAAGUCAUCCAGCGACGACGCCAGUAGCAUCUCCCAGUCAUCCAGCGACGACACUAGUGAUAGUCCCCGCUCAACCCGCCGCGAGUCUCUGAGCAGUCGACUGAGGUUGAGCAGAAGUCUCCUUAACCACACGCACGAAGCUGGCGAUCACGAGCACCACCACGAGCACGAGCACCCCACCACUGAACAGCCAGAGGAAGAACAUGAAUCAUCGGUGACUGACAAGUCUACCUCAUCAGUGACUGAGAAGUCUACCUCUUCGGUGACUGAGAAGUCUACCUCUUCGGUGACUGACAAGUCUACCUCUUCGGUGACUGACAAGUCUAAAUCCUCCGAGAUUGAGAAGUCUAACAGCUCGGUGACUGUGAAGUCUAACGCCACACUUGCCUUGCCUCUUGACCUGUCGUCACUCAAGAGCACUUCUGAGUAACUGUGUGUUACAUCUUCACCCCCCCCCCCACGCCUCCUUCAGUAAGUGGGUCACCCACCUCGACCCACUCCCUAAGCCUCCAAUAAGUGGGUCCGCCACCAAGAACCAUUCAGAGGCCUCCUUCAGUAAGUGGGUCACCCACCUCGAAGAUUCCUCCAUCAGCUGAAUCAUCUUACUCAUCAUGUACACAUAAGACGUUCAUGAAACGUUUUCUAUAAACACAUAUAUAUUCACAAUUAUUAUCCUGUAAACAUCACACCAUAUACAACAAGUUGUGUAUCAAUAUUAAAUAUCUUUUAACGAUGAGCUAUAUGAGUUGAGGUCAAAACGUCCCUUGAAUCACUCUACAGCAAAUCUGCUUAUAAUCAUCUUGUUAAAUAACCAUUAUAUUUGUACUGUUAAUUGCUGAGAAGUAUAUCAGUGUAUUUUAUUUUAAUAAUAUAGAUUAAUACACAAAUUAAAAA